AUGGAUCUCUUUGGACGACUGCCACCGGAGCUUAUCCAUCAGAUUAUCUUUUACCUUGCUGACUUCCCCGAUGUAGAGAGUAUCGUCUCCGCGUCCCCACGCGUCAGCGCGGUCUUGCAUGCCCGCCCAAAGCUCGCUCACGACCUGCUACGAGCAAAUUCAAUCACAGGGACACCAGAGAUACAGAGGAUAUGCUAUCAUACUGCUUUUAUUGACGCUGGUUUGAUUCGCUGCACAGAUCUCCGUCACUACCAAUAUGCAUGCCGCAGUAUGCCCAUCGGCAGCUAUGCGGAAGCGCUCUGUAUAAUCAAGCUAGCUGCACGGAUACAGCGCCUGGCUUGUGCUUGUCUAUCCCUUAGUCAAGAGAACUUCGUCACCGCCGUCGGCAAACAUCCUGCGCUUGGGGAACUGGCUUCCGAACGCGCACAGUUGGUUAAUACAUCCUUUACUUGGAUGGAAGAGUACCGCGUAUACUGGGCUCUAUGGCGCCUUCAGCACUACUCCGAGCUUCGAAAAGCUGCGAAAGGGCGUUGGGGCUGGGACGAGACGUCAGUGGAGAACCUGGAUGCUUACCUCGUCUGGAAUUUCAUAGACGAACGGCUCGCAGAGCGUAUGUGGACAGUGGCCGCUUUACUGUCAGACUUAGGGCUCGAGGCAGUAUACGGUCACUAUUCCUUGCAGGAUAAGCCGGAAGUGUUAACACAAUACCCGUAUUCGGAGCGGGAUUUUUUAUCACAAGAUUCAGAGGGGCAAGAGUCCUCCCUUGCUGCCUGGACGUUUCCCCGAAACACACCAAUACCCUUUAUCCCGCUGCUUGACCUGCCUUCUCCGACUGGACAUGGUCGAAGUACCACCAAGCCCUCGUCAAUAUGGAUACCGCCGCCGGAGCCGGGUAAAGAUGCGGAUACGAUUAUAUGGCGUCUUAUAAACGAGUACACUUCAACGGAACAAGAGCACCUGGGGGAACUCCGUCUUAUCGCCAGGGUUGACUCGUCAUUACGCCGCCCAUCAUAUACCAUGGCGGACAUGAAACCGUGGCGACGCCUGGGAAUAGCCCUCUGGGACACGUGGCGCAUGAGUGGUGCUGGACUGUCCUCGCUUCCCUCACCAAACGGAGUAACUGCACCAAACGGAGUACCUGAUACUGACACUGACGACUUCUUAAUGGCUAGGGUGGAUAUGCACACAAGCUUGGCAUUAAUGGUUGGGAGGCCUUCUGCCGACUGGAUGAGGGCGGAGUACUUAAGGGACUCAGAGGAGGAGGAGGGGAGGGAGGAGGAGGAGAGGGAGGAGGAGGAGAGGGAGGAGGAGGGGGAGGAGGAGGGGGAGGAGGAGUAG